CGUCAGUGGCUGCUUCUGUGGCGGAUGCUGCCUCUGGUUCUGACUUGGCUCCUGCAGCAGUGGAAGCAGUAGCAGGAAUAGGAACACAAGCAGAAGCAGGAGCGAAGGCAGUUGCAGAAGCAGAGGCUGGGGUGGGAGGGAGAGCAGGGAGGGAGGAAGCCAGAAAAGAAAGAAUGGUCGCAGUUCCAGAGUUAGGAGCAGCGCGCUUCACAGCAGAUGGAGCCGCAGCAGCAGCAGCAGCAGCAGCAGCAGCAGGAGAGGAGAUGGCAGGAGCAGAGGGAGCAGAGGGCACAUGCACGCCCUCAGACACAUCAUCCACAGACGGCAAUCCUCCCGCAUCACCAACCGCCAUGGCGAGAGCCAAGUCCGUCACAUCACGGUCCGCAGCAGGGCGUGCGUUUGCCCGCGAUGUCAGCCUCUCGGGGGGCAUUGCAGGCUCCCCUGCCUCCUCCAGGCGCCACCUCUCCCCUCCGCUCUCCAAGCUCGCAUCUGAUUCCUCUCAUUCUCUCUCUCCCCCAAAGCUGGCUCCUCCAGGCGCCGUACCUCCCAACCAGGCCUCGUCUCCCGAGCCUGUGCAGUCAGGUUUGGCAGGUUCCAUGGCUGGAAUGCAGCUGAUAGACGACUGGGACUUUCUCGCCCCCGUACCUUCCACGGCGGUUCGGCCUGCGGGCGCUAAUGUUUCUCCGGCUGCCCGGCCGUUCUUUGCUUCGCUCUGGCAGCGUCGCAACGGGGAGCAGUGGGGAUGUCGAUGCUGGCGACAUGGACAUACAGACAGGCGCCUCCUUCCUCUCCUCUUCUUCUCCUGCUGCCGCUGCUUCACCUCACCGCCUCGCUGCUACUGCACCUGCAGAUCCAGCAAGCAUGGGGGGGCACGGCACGGGGGGCCAAGGCAUGGCGGGAGGGUUGGGAGCACGGCCAAGCACAGCAGGGGUGACUGUAGGAAUGCUGCUCCGGCUGUCCGAACCUCUGCAUCAGGUCUGGCAAGCCUGAGAGGCAGCAGGUCCGGAGGCAGCUACGAGCCUGCAGCAGCUGCGGCUGUGGCAGCCCUUGGAGCGUCUGCCACUGGUGGUGGGUUGGUUGCAGGGACUACCCCUGCCGUAUCCACGUCUCUGUCAUCCCAUCCCUCCCAUUCCUCCCAUACACAGCCCUCCGUCUCCCCCACCUUGCCAGCACUCCAGAGGAGCCCCUCUAAGAAGGACCCGGCCCUCCCGUUGCCUCCUCCUGCUCGCCGCCGCUCCCCUUCCCUCUCUGCUGCUCCUGACCCCUCCUCCGCUGCUGCCUCUGCCGCCAUUACUGCUGCCUCUCCUGCCUCUGCUCCCUCUGCUGCUCCCUCUGCUGCUCCGCAUGCUGCUCCUCCUCCUGCUCCCUCGGUUGCUGCUUCCACUGCUGCUGCUCCCACUGCCGCCAGCUCUACUGGUGUGGCUCUGGACGCUCCUCUCCCGACAUCCCCCGCAGCAGUAGAAUCCCCACCUCUCGCUCCCCUUGCCACCUCUCCCACUUCCCCCUCGCUGCCCCUCCUCCCACCCAUCGUCCCUGGAGCCGUCCCUCUUUCGCCCCGACUGGGCCGGUCGCGGUCACACCGAGCCAUGACAGCAGCAGAAAGAGACGCUCUCACAGCAGCAGAGAGGGGGGCGCUCAUUGCAGGUGUGAGCCACGGGCACCCAGGUGGUUUUCCAGGCGGGCACUAUCACCCACUGCUGGUGCCUCUGCCCGAGCAGCAGCCCUCUGCUCCUGCGUCCAUCUCUGACCCGGUGCUGUGGCAGCCGUCCCUGCAGCAGAAGCAGCGCCAGAUUCUCAUCUUGCAGCAGCAGAAGCUGCAGCAGCAGAUGAGGCAGCAGCAACAUGGGCAGAACCAGCAGCAUCACCCGCAGCAGCAGCAGCAGCAGCAGCAGCAGCAGCAGCAGCAGGCGGCGUGGCAGCGGCAGCAGCUGCAGGAGCUGGAGCUGCGGAGCCGAGUCUCGUCGCAGUUCUACCGCUUCCCCCCGCCGCACCUGUCCGCCCUCUGGCCGCUGGCCCCCCGGCGCCUGGAGCACCGCCGCUCCGACCCCGGGCUGCUGCUGCUGCACCUGGCGGCUGUCGAGUCCGCCUCUGCCCUGCAGCGCGGGGAGGCGGGGUCUGGGGGAGGUGAUGGUGUAGGGAAGAAGGGGGGAGGGAUGGUUGGAGGAGGGGGAAGAGAAGGGGGAGCGGCAGGAGUUGCAGCAGCAGUAGGUCGCAGUGGUGUUGGGGGUGCGGUAGCAGGUGGUAAGAGUGUUUCUGGGAAGGCUACCGGUGGUGCGGUUGGUGGUCGUGCCAAGGCUGUUAGGUUCGUCUCACACACCAGAGCUGCGUCGUACGGCCGAAGCUCCACAUCAGGCUUGGGAGUGUUUGGCCCAGCAGUACCCAGAGACCCACCUCUGUUCGUCCCGCCAGCAACAGCAACAACCGCAGCAGCAGCUGCCCCCUCUGCCUCUGCCUCGGCUGCUGCCUCCCUCCCCGCUGCCCCUCUUCGCUCCGUGCGCUCGCUGCCUGUGAAGCCCAAGCCAGGCCUCCUCCAGGGCCCUCCCUUCCUGCUGCCUGGGCCCUCCACUGUAGCAAGGCAGGCACCUGGCGGCACCGCCAGCUCGGCUUCGCCAGCUCAGUGGUCCAUGCAUCCAGGUCAGCAAUCUGCUUCUCCACCUGGCAGGCUGGAGGUUCAGGUUUCUCCUCAGGUGGAUGCAGCAGGAGAGCACAAGGCAGGAUCAGCAGCACUAGGCAGAAGGCAGGAUGCUGGUGCAGAGACAGGUACGGGUGGGCCUGCUGCUGACAAGGCUAGGGCCAAGGGACUGGAACUCGAGGGUACAGGGAAGCGGGUGGAGCCUGAAAGGAUCAGUAUGGAGGGGUCAGAGCCAGGUGCAGCUGGCAGCUCUGGACGACCCUCCUACUCCUCCUCCUCCUCCCUCUUCUCAACUUCUAGCUCUACAACCACCACUGCUAGCACUGCCACUGCCACCACGGCCUCUGCUAGCACCGGCAGUCGGAGCACUAUGGGAACUGCGGUGCGCACUAGUGUUGCCCCUCCGCUGGUGUCAAUUGUACAGUCAUCACACGGCAAGCCACUAGCUAGCAGCAGCAAAGCAACCGUGGCUCUGAGCGCACCAAUGGCUGCAGCAGCAUUCUCACCUCCAGGGGUGGCAUCGGUGUUGGCCACACCAUCUGCCGCUGAAAAAGCAGCAUCAGUUUCGCUACCUGCAGCACCAGCACCAGCAGCAGCAGCAGCAGCAGCACCAGCACCAGCAACAGGAGCAUCAGCUGCCAAGUCAUCAGCUUCUACUGCACCAGCAGCACCGGCGGCAGCAGCAUCAGCAAGAUCAGCAGCAGCGGCAGCAGCAUCGGCAGCACCAGCGGCAGUGGCAAGGGUGCGCAUGCCAGUGAAGUCCAUGUCGGGCCCGCUGGUGCCCUCCGCCCGGGCGCGCGGACCCAUGCUGCUGGCGGGGGUGCGCGUGCUGCUGGCAGAGGACAACAUGGUCAACCAGCGCGUGGCGAAGCAUGCACUGACUAAAGUGGGGGCCACUGUGGAGAUUGCUGGUAAUGGACAGCUCGCGCUCACUGCGAUUGAGGAACGGGCGGCGUCGUUUGACCUCAUUCUGAUGGACAUUCAGAUGCCUGUAAUGGAUGGCUUGGAGGCAACAAAGCGGAUACGGCAAUUUGAAGCGGAAAACGCUGGCAAUAAAAAGUCUCCACCGGCAAGAGCCAGGAUUCCUAUUUUAGGACUGACAGCACAUGCGAUGGCAGGGUAUAAGGAGCAGUGUUUUGAAGCGGGGAUGGAUGGCUAUGCAGUGAAGCCAUUCAAGAUAGAGCAGCUAUCAAGAGGAAUCCAGGCAGCUCUUCGUGGGGAGAAGAAUGUGGAUGUCACACAGAUGUAAGUGUAAUUUAUUUGCGUUAU